AUCCACAUUGGGGUUCCAGGGAGAGCUCAUCUUGCUUGCAGAGGCAUUUAUUAUAGUGGUUGCUGUUUUGUGGAGAGCAUCGAUUUUGCCUGGAGCAAUUUCUGAAACAGGAGACGGGAGCUCAAGGAGGGAUUAGAUUAGAGGCUAGGAUUUAGAGCUUCCUGUGUUUUUUUUCCACAACAUGGCGACGGCUAUGGAGGUCACCGCUGUGACGGAGAAGGGUAUCGCUCCCGUUGUGGCGGUCAAGUCGUUUCUGCCGGAGCCUGUUGUAGCGGAGCUCGACGAGGAGGAUUUGUAUACGAGGCAGAAGCUCUUGCAGCGGCAGUUGGAGUUUGUGGAUAUUCAGGAGGAGUAUAUCAAGGACGAGCAGAAGAAUUUGAAGCGGGAGUUACUUAGGGCACAAGAAGAGGUGAAGCGGAUCCAAUCCGUGCCGCUUGUGAUUGGGCAGUUUAUUGAGAUGGUGGACCAAAACAAUGGAAUUGUUGGGUCGACGACUGGGUCGAAUUAUUACGUGAGAAUCCUGAGUACGAUCAAUCGGGAGCUUUUGAAGCCAUCAUCUUCAGUUGCGCUUCAUAGGCACUCCAAUGCGCUAGUCGAUGUGCUGCCUCCUGAAGCCGAUUCUAGCAUUUCGUUGUUGACACAAUCGGAGAAGCCUGAUGUGUCGUAUAACGAUAUUGGUGGGUGUGACAUUCAGAAGCAAGAGAUUAGGGAAGCAGUAGAGCUUCCACUUACUCACCACGAGUUAUAUAAGCAGAUUGGUAUUGACCCACCCCGAGGCGUGUUGCUGUAUGGGCCUCCUGGAACGGGAAAGACCAUGCUUGCCAAGGCAGUCGCUCAUCACACUACCGCCGCUUUCAUCCGUGUUGUUGGUUCUGAGUUUGUACAAAAGUAUCUCGGAGAGGGUCCCCGUAUGGUGCGUGAUGUGUUCCGACUGGCGAAGGAGAACGCCCCAGCCAUUAUCUUUAUUGAUGAAAUUGAUGCAAUUGCAACAGCUCGUUUCGACGCUCAAACUGGGGCAGACAGAGAGGUUCAGCGUAUCCUUAUGGAACUUCUGAAUCAGAUGGAUGGUUUUGAUCAAACAGUCAAUGUUAAAGUGAUCAUGGCUACCAACCGGGCAGAUACUCUAGACCCCGCUUUGUUGCGACCUGGACGUCUUGAUCGAAAGAUUGAAUUUCCACUGCCUGACAGGAGACAAAAGCGUAUGGUCUUCCAGGUAUGUACAGCAAAGAUGAACUUAAGUGAGGAAGUUGAUCUAGAAGAUUAUGUUUCUAGGCCUGACAAGAUAAGUGCUGCCGAGAUUUCUGCCAUCUGUCAGGAGGCUGGUAUGCAUGCAGUCAGAAAGAAUCGUUAUGUGAUUUUGCCCAAGGAUUUUGAGAAGGGCUACAGAUCCAACGUCAAAAAGUCGGACACAGACUUUGAGUUCUACAGAUAGACGCGUGUAUCUAUCUUUGGAUCUUAAGCAGGCAGGCAGCUGGACGGCUAGUAGUUGAAACUGCCUUGGUUCAGUAAUUCCCUUAUUUAUCUGAAUCAGCUCGUGGAGGGGCCUCCUGUUUUCGGCACUUGCACGGUAGAUUUUGUAAAGACUCAUCAAAUAGCUAAAUCUCUUACUAAUGAAUGGUAUCAAACAAUGCGACUACGGUUUUGGUCUCAUUCUUCGAGAACUCCUACCUA